ACAUAUUGGUUGUGUGCCCAGGACGGUAAGCGAAAGGUACUUCCAUUAUUAAAAAUUAAGAUACUGUUUGUGCAAUCAUGUUAUUAUUAAUCUGAGCUUAGUGGGCUUCCUUAAUUGUACAUGUCUCUCUUCAUUCUGCUGCAUCAAUGAUAUUUAUGUGUGUGACAUGUAUGUCGAGUUCGUUAACCAACUCGUCUGCAAUGGAAUUCUGUGACGAUUUGCUCGUGGAGAUUCUCUCGAGGCUCCCGUUCAAGUCGCUUGCAAGAUUCAAGUGCGUCUCCCGCUCAUGGCGCGCGCUCAUCUCCGGCGGCGACCUCCGCCGCCGGCUCCCGCUGCUCGCCGCCGGCUUGUUCGUCGGCGACGGCGGCGGCGGCGAGCCGAGGUACGCCACCGCGUGCUCCGGCGAUGGUGUUGAGUUCUGCGACAUGAGCUUCUUCCCGCUGGCGGAGACGGCGGCGAGGGUCGUCGACGCGUGCGAGGGGUUGCUGCUGUACAGGUCGCUCGCCGCGGCGUCGGCGAUGUACGUCGCCUGCCCGGCGACGAGGAGGUGGGCGGCGCUGCCGGUGCCGCGGAGGGAGGCGCAGCUCCCGCUGCUGGCGUUCGACCCGGCCGACGGCGGCGGCGGCUCGCCGCGCUACCACGUCGUCUGCUUCGUGGCGUGGCAGGAGCGCGGCGCCACCGUGGACGUCUUCUCGUCGGAGACCGGCGCGUGGGCGGAGCGCGACGCGGCGUUCGGCGGCGUCGAGGCCUCGUCGCUGUCCCCCACCACGCACUACCGCGGCGGCGUCCUCCACGUGCUCGCGUACCCGGACCGCGUCGUGCUCAUGGACCUCGCCGCCACGACCACGACGACGACGUCGGUGGCGCCGGGCAGGCUCGCGCCACGGCUGCCCGACGACGUCGACGCCGGCGCGCGCCUCGGCCACUCCCGCGGCCGGCUCCACUACGCCAAGUGCGACGGCGAGCGGCUGAGGGUCUGGGCCCUCGACGUCGACGCCGCCUCGCCGGGCUCAUGCCAAUGGAUCUUGACGAACACCGUCUGUGUCAACGAGAUGACCAUCAAUGGCGGGCUCUGGGCGGCAAGCGAGGUCAAGUUCUUGGCGUUCCACCCGGACAUGGCCGACGUGGUGUACCUCUCGUCGCCGGAGGGGAAGGUGGCGAGCUGUGACAUGAGGAGGAAGGAGAUGGUGAGCUCGUGGAAGCUGGGAGCUGAGCACCAUGUCGUCAGGUUUUGGUUGCUUGGUUUCUCCUCGGGUUUGAUGAGCUGCCUGGGUGGCGAGCAAGCAUGCCAGAUUGCCGGUGCUAGCUAGCUAUAGUAUACUAGUAUAUUUUUUUUCUGCUAUUUCUUUUCCAUUUGACCUUCGAUUUGAUUGCUUCAGAACUCAUAUAUCAAAACGCAGUUUUGAAGAAAAAGUUAAAUGGAUGGUGGCGGCGUGUGGCAACGAUAACAUAAGCCCUUUUGAAUUGUGCUUUGGUUUGGGUCGGAUAGGUGUUGUGUGACUUAGUGUUUCUUGGUGGAGUUGGAGUUGCCGAUCACAUGGGUGAUGGUGUGAUGAUAAUAACGUCGCGUUUUUGCCAGUGUGGGAGUUUUGUUUACUUCUUGCUUGUUGCUUGGCUUUAUCGUUCUUGUGUUGAGCAGCAUUGUUAAGUGUUGCGCUUGCCUAACCUUGCUUCAUUGCGUUGGCAGGUUAAGUUUCUUGGAGUAUUUGCUGCUGUAGUUUUCGCUCAAUUUUUCUUAAUUAAUUAUCUGUUUUUUUAAAUGGGACAUCUUCUUCUUCUUAUAUGUAAAACAUCGGCAAUGGUCUGUCCGUUCGUAAACAAAUAGUCAAUUAUUUAUCAAAGUUCAUACAUUUCAGCAGUGUUAUACUCCCCCUUAUAAAAUAUACUAUCUCCAUUCUCGUCCACAAGUGAAUUGUCUUUGUUUUUAAAAAGGAAAAAGUACGAAUUACCCCCCCUCCAAAAAAAACUAGCGCGGUCGUCCGAAUUACCCCCUGAACCAAAAAAACCGGACA